AUGGAUUCGUAAUAAGAUGUUGAAUGCGAUCAAUGCCAGACAGUUCCAGAGACGUAUGUAAAAUUGGAAUGCGAACAUAAAUUUUGUUUAAUAUGUUUGGCCUACAAUUACUUAUAAAUUUAACAGGAGAAGCAAAAUCUUGAAGACUACGAAAGAGUGGCAGUAUGUUUUAAAUGCAAUCAUCUUACCAAACUUGAUUAAGAUACAGUCGAAGCCCUUCAUAUGGUCAUCAAGGAAAUCAUAGUUCCGUUAAUUGAAUAAAAUUAAAUUAACCCUAAAUCCAAUAACGAUAGCGAGGUGGUUGAAGUCAUUGAUGAUUUACGUGAUUUGGGAGUAUAAAAUGUUGGAUCUCAACAUUAAUCGAAUCAAAAGAAUGCCAUGGCCAACGAAAGACUAUAGUUGUAUUUGGAGAGAUUGGAAAAGAGUUUCAAAUCCAAAUUCGAGGCCAUCAAGGACAUUCAGGAUCAGAAAUAUUAAUUUCAAUCAAAAUGCAAAUAAACGAAAGAUGAAAUCAAUAGUCAAUAUUAACAAUUUAUUCUGAGUUUGGAACAAAAGAAAAACUAAACGUUUAAUGAUAUAAACAGUUUAGAGAUGAUUCAAUUACUGGAAAUUUAAAAGUAAGAAAAAGAUCUCGAAUAACAAAUACAACAAAUGGCAUAGUUCUAAGAAGAAAUCAAUUCCCUCAUCUAUUAGAAUUUGAAUAAGUCCCAAGAAGAUAUUAGCAAAUUGUUAAUUGACAUAGAAAAGAGUUUAAAUGUUCCAUCGUCAUCCCUCCAAAUUAAAUCUUCCAUAUUGGCCACACAAAGAUAAUUGCUUAAAUUGUCAACCAAUGCCCAGUCCUAGUUGUGUGCUACUGUUCCUAAUUUAUUAUAAGAUUUUCCACAAUCCAUUAGACAAAAAGAAUUAUUUAGCAAAAACUCCAAUUCAGAUGAAAAACCUUUGGAUUCUAAACUAAAUGUCCAUUUUGAAAGACAAGAUAGACUCAGCAAGUUUAGUCCAAUAAAAUCAGAAAAACUCAAUGACCUAUGGCCUAAAAAUGAUAAACCUCAUCAUUCCUUAGAGAAGAAUACCAUCAGAGAGAGCAAGGAUCUUCACGAAUUUAAAGAUUAUCGAGAGAAGGAGAAGGAUAAGAAAUAUUAAAAGAUAUUGACUCAAGAGAGCGUUAAUGCAAAUCCAAAAUCAAAAUUUAGAUAUGAAGAUAGUGAUGAUAAGAAUAAAAAUAAUUCAAAAAAAAUGAUUGACAGUCAGAUAUCCUAGAAGAAUAAUUUAGUAAGUAAAUGGAAGGAUUAAUUGUUUGAUGUUUUUGAUAAAAAAGCCAUAAAGUAAUCUGAAUCUCCUAAAGCACCUGAAAAACUCAAUUAUGCCACUCGUGAUGUUCCUUAUCAUAGAGAAUCAUCCACUCAUUAUCCAAGAGAGAACAAAAACUCAUAAGAAAAGUUGACUUCAAAAUAACAAUUGAUUAAUCGUGCCUGCACAAUCCAUGACGUAUUAAAUAUGCAGUAUCAAAAUUUCAUGACCCAAAAAGAAAACCUAAUAAGAAGAUGA